GUGUCUAUUUACCGUAACGGUGUUUAUCUUCGUCCUCCGAUAAAAUUUACCACAGAUGACAAUUCACAACCUGUAUUCAUAAUAUCAACUGAGCCAGAUAUUGAUCGGAUCGAUACCAAUACCAAUUAUGAGAGCAUAAAAUUGGCUAUUGGCCAAAAUGCGGACUACAAGGACUACAAAAACUCAAGUUUGCAGUUAAUGGCCAAUGGAGAGGUGAUGAUCCGUAUUCCAAUCUACUUCAUGCCCUCAACCCUUAAACUCAUUGUGAACAUCUGCUUAAAGGAUGCUUAUGAACAACACACGUCUCGUGCCCAGGAGACAGCGAUUCUUAGCGUGUCCAAUACUGCGCUUGGUAUCGAUGAAAUCCGUACCCCCACCAUUGAGUUCGCGCCAUCGUCGAUCAAUCGAUCCGACACCAGAAUACUAGCAUCACUUAGUGGUAGCGCACCUGGGCUAGUAUCCAUGACACCUAUUGAAAACGAUCUGUUUACUUUGCUAUCACAAUUGAAUGGACAAGUGUCAGCUGUCCUAAACCCUAUGCUUCCUAUACUAAACGCUCUAGAUAUGCAGAGCAUUCGAAUGGCUACGCUUUAUUCAGAUUUUGUGCAAAAAAUACAGAAAAUCUUCCCUCCAAGCCUCAUCGAUCCGUUGACAAAUGACACUAUCGAGAAGUUUCUGCGAGCUAUAGGUGACAAUUCAGAGCUGGGUGUGGGCAUCUCAUCUAGCGAAGCUGAACAAUUUGAAGUACUCAGCACAUAUUUCCUACUUCUAACCGACUGCAAACAAGUCCAUGUCAAUAUGACUGAACUCGACGAGGCUAUGCAGUGCGUUUCAUCCUUGGAGAGUGAAUGUCCAAUUCUACAUCGACGCCGACGUAACGUACGACGUUUGCAUCUUCCCAGAGAACUCAUGCUGGCCGAUGGACCCGUCGAUGUGAUAAAUCAUCUAUCGAAGUUGAAUGGACAAGUGCCAGCUGUCCUAAACCCUAUGCUUCCAAUACUAAACGCUCUAGAUAUGCAAAGCAUCCGAAUGGCUACACUUUAUUCUGAUUUCGUACAAAAAAUCCAGAAAAUCUUCCCUCCAAGCCUCAUCGAUCCAUUGACAAAUGAUACCAUCGAGAAGUUUCUGCGAGCUAUAGGUGACAAUUCAGAGCUGGGGGUGGGCAUCUCACCUAGCGAAGCUGAACAAUUCGAAGACAAGGAGUUGAUAAAUCUGUGGAAUGCCACUGUGAAUGACUGGACUUCUGGUCGAAUGGAUUCGCCAAACGAAAAUCAGGGAAUAGCGUAUUCGGAUGUGAAACAACUGGUCAUAGCUGCCGAUCGCUUACAUUCAGUCACUCGACAGAAUGGAGCUUCUGACCCAUUCAGCCUACUUCAUGAAUAUGUUGAACAGAUCCUUACCACCAAUGACAGUGGGGACGAGCAAUGCCUAUCAGCAGCAGUGAUUAUCGAUCCUACCGUAGUCUACGAGGAUUCAAGCGUAAAUAUAGAUGUUUAUGUGCAGAAUUUACAGAAUGUUACCCUGACAAAUAUUGACUUAUCGAUCGAUUUUGUACGAAAUGAUAUUUAUGGUCCAAGGAUCAAUUUUGGUGUAGGUCCAUCAUGGUCAGCGGGUAUCAAUACGAUGAGUGGAUUUGGCAUUCUUACCGCUCGGGCUUCAUUUGAAAUGCAUUGGACACGAAAGAUCAUAGCCGAGAAUCGUCUCACAACCAGUGCCUUUUACCAGGCAGUGAUAUUGCUUGGAUUCCAUAAAGAUGGAGUGCCGUCGAAACAGCGUUUGAAAUCACCAUUAAUAGAGAUACGCCCAAGGCGAAGCAUUCGAGUACGGUAG